AUGAUCCAAGCUUCGGCCAACAAGGAGUACGAAACUGAUGUAGUGUCGCCUUCAGUCGAGGAUGUUUCUGAAGUGGCCACCAACUUUCCUCGCUCGGGGGACAAUGGUCUCUAUCCGAGCGAAAGUGUCCUAGCCCAAGGUGGUCGAGUCAUUGGAAAAGGCUGCUCUAAAAAGGGUGCCGAAGCUGCCGACGCUCCUCGAGCUCCGGAAUGUUGGGGCAGAGACGUGAACCUUGCUCCUGGAGGGCCAGGUCGAUUCGCGCCAAUACUCAUCAAGUCCAACUCGCAUUGGCUCUCAGAGUCUUUUCCACCUGUUUUCCCAGACGUGAUUCUUACGCAACGGGACAUAUCUUUGGACGAUUGGUAUACCUUCCUCGAGAAUAUUCAAACGACUGCAACCCUUCCCCCCGGAAAACAUGCACUCUCUCUAUGUCUGCCAGUCAUCAAAUUUACGAGUAUUCAAGGCUACCUCAUUUCACGCCGCAUCGAGAAGUACAUGAAAAAGCGGAAGCUGUUCGAGGUGUUGGAGGUUGUCAGAAUGUGGAACGAACAAUUCUUUUCCCCGAGGGGGGUGAAAGUGACCUUGCGACCCGAUUGGAUUCGUAUGGGAGACGAUCUUAAUCAAGCAUUCGACAGGAAGAAAUUGCGUAAGCGUUAUAGUCUUACGUCGGUUCCGACAGAGGUGUCGGAGGCGGUCCCAGUCCAAUCUCCUUGUGAGAUGCCCUCCACUCAAGUGGACCGGUGCGGAGCGCGUCGAACAAAGAAUUCUGAAGGGACGAGUGCACGUGCUGAUGAGCAGGGCGAUCGGGUGGCCCGGGCUUUGGAGAAGAAAGCUCGCUGUCGUUCAAAGCGAAACGAGAGGAAACAUACCGCGGGAUCGUCCUGGUGUCGGGUUGGUGGAAAGUACGAUUUAAUUGUGGAACCCUUUUGA